AUGUCUACUUCUUUCUCAAGUUUCACUUCUUCUUCACCGAUGAAAAGUCCAUCGUCACCAUUUAAUCGUUGGAAGAAAGCUGAUUUAUUAGAUUUAAUUAAUAAAUUGAAAAUAUCAGAUAUCCCAACUUCAACAAGAAAAUAUGACUUAAUUGAAAUCAUUCAAGAUUAUUUAAUUGAAUUAGGUAAACCAUUAGAUUAUGAUCAUGAAUUCCCUGAAUUGAAAGGGUUUUAUAAAUCAACCGUAUGGUUAUCCUCUCCAACAUUAAAAAAUGAUAUUAUUGUUCCAAAACGUGUAGAAGAUGCUAUAGUACUUAACGAAGAAGAAAAGGAAAACCAACAGGAAGUUGCCUCCGGUUCCCAAUACGAUUCUAAAAUAGAAGAUCAUAACAUUGAUAUAGCUUCUAAAAUAUCCUCUCAACUUGCUCCUGCUUCCAACUCUGAAUUUACUUCAUCUGCCUCUGUCUCUGGUACUAGCUCAGCUUCUGACAGUGAACUUGACGAAAUAACAUCAGAGAAUGAAACCAAUGAAGGAGAAGAAGAAGAAGCAGAAGAAGAAGAAGCAGAAGAAGAAGAAGUGGGAAAGGAGGAAAUUGAAAUUGAAACUGACACUGACACUGAAAAUGAAAAUGAAAGUAAAAACUUUAAUAACUUGAACUUUAAGACAAUCGAUCAAGAAAGUAGUUUUGCUAAAAGAUUUAAAUUCAAUUUCCAUGAAUGUAUAAAUGAUAUCGUCGAUAAAACUUCAAGAUUGAAUAGAUAUACUCAAGAUUCAUUAUCAACUGUAGCGUCUGUCGAUUUCAUUUUCCAUUCCAUCGAAUUCAUUGUUCUGUUCAAUUAUAUCUUUAAGGAAGAAAAUAAUGAGAACUGUGAUAGUGUUUUCGAUUUCAUUGUUCCGAUUUUAAUUUGGUUAACUUUUAAUAUCCUAAUGCCAAUUUUCGUUUCUUAUUAUGUUAAUUUUGUUCGUUAUGAAUAUUACUUAGAGAUUGAUCCAAUGGUUUUCCAUCUAGCAAAAGGAUUAAUUGCAAUUGCAUUAUUUACUACUUUCAAAAAUGGGAAUAAUAAUAAGUAUGAAACCAUUAAGAAUGAUGUAGAAAAAAUUGAUCUUGAUGACCUUAAGCACGCCUUGGGUUCAAAUAAAUCAUAUUCAUCAAUAAAUAAUGCCUUAACACAAUAUUGUCAAGUACUAUCUGCUAAUUUAAUUACAAUAAAUCAAGCAUUGGGUAUUAUCCCAUUAGUUUUCGCCAUUACAGGUUCUUUAUUGACUUUAUAUGUUUUGAUUUAA